AUGGCCAAAAGUCAAACAGCUAAUACCCUCACUGAUUAUCAUGUCACAGGCUCCCUCUCAUUGUACAAGGACUCCUACCCGCACACAGCCCAGCAGACAGACUUCUUGGAGUCACCAAACUCUCUUUAUAUCGAUCAACUUGACGGAUCAAAAGAAAAGAAAAGCAAGAAAAAAGACAAGAAGGGCAGCGAAAAUGCAUCUCGAGAUCCUUCUGGGGCGAUAGCAACCGGUGCUGUCGACCUGUCUCGUGGACUCAUGGUUAUGGCGUACAACUCAAACGACCUUACUAAAGGAUUUCCCUACGCAAAAGUACUCAGUGGAUUUGGUUCAUCGAAGGAGAACUGGGAGACGUUUGUGAUGGGAAUUACAGCACCAACACGCGAAUGGCAAGAGCAGUGCAGAGGGCUGGCUUACGAAAUUGAAAAACAUUCUUGACAUUGUGCAUGAGUGGGAUGUCCAAUACUUCCGUAAGAAAGGGUUCUUGGUGCGCUUGGACAUGCCUGGUGAGCAGAAAUACGGAUUGGAUUUCAUGGACUUGUAAGCAUCCUCGCCUUAAAUUCUUUCCUUAUUCCUCGGGUCUUGCAGUAUUAGAGAAGCGUGUUACUAACAAGUCGCAGGUAUUACGAAGGAACUGGCAACCGAAAGACUUUCAACGUGGCUCACGGUAUUUCUGGUGUUCUCCACAAAGAUAAGAUCAAGGAAACCAAGGCCAAAAAUCUCACACGCAUCCGAGAGAAAGGAUUUGUAAGUACAAGGAUAGUGAUGGAUCCCAUCGCGAUCCUGGAUAACGAGACUCUUUACGAACAACGUGGAUGGUUGAGAUGGGACCAAGCCUGCACUCACGCAAAGAAUGCUCAAAUCAACGAAGCCAAAGCUCCAAAGGUCCCAAUGAAGAACGAACCUUACAAACCAUACGUCGAAGCUGAAAAUUCGGGCUUCAAACCCCAUACUAGAGUGGAUCGUUGGCCAACAUCCAAGCACUUCUACUAUGAGAGAUUUCGCGGAAGGCAUAUUCAAUUCCCCACCAACGACGGCUACAGACGUGGAUCCAGUUCCAGUGGUUAUCGAACUUAUGAUAGCUUCUGGUUUCCAGACGCUGACUCCAUGGAUCAGCGGACUGGAGGAGCAGACAACUCAGUAUUACCAUGUGCUGAGCUGCCGCAGGAGUUUGUCAUGCCCGGGAGACGUUCUAACAUGCCAAAUGACCCUUUCGCUGGUCUAGGUCGUAAGGGACUAACAAGUAAUGGGCCUUUGGGCAGUGGACUAUUGGGCAAUGGACAUUUGGGUAGUGGACCACGUUAUGCAGGGCUAUUCGGUGGUCUUAUCUGAUGUCUUUAGAAUGUCUUUUCACAACCAAAUUAAUAUGGAAAUUGUUCAAGGCAUGAAACAUGUCCUAUUACAUUGGUUCAGUCAUGUAAGGAUUGUUGUAGAAUUUGCAUUUCGGCUUUU